AUGACGGAGGAGCCAGGGAAGAGACAGAGGGCGCACCUGGCCAAGAGCAUCGAAGAAAAACUAGGGCUCAUCGCCAAGAUGAGGACCGAGCUCGAACGGAAAAAGAAGAUCGCCGGGUCCUCUAUUGACGACCAAAUAUCGGUCGCCGAGUACGAGUACCGACUGGUAAAGGAAGAGAUGGCGCUGCUGUCGCUUCAAGAGCAACAUUGGGAAUCUGCCGCCCUCUGGGACAAACAGCCGCCCGCUGCCUCCCCGGACAAUCAGAGAGUGUGCGAGGCGUUGCACUCGUAUAUCCAGUCUGUCCGGGAGAGGGGCUCCAUCCCAGCCCUACAUGCCAGCGAACAUCCGGCCCUGGAGAACUCAGUCCUGGUGUCCUGCGGACAGGAAGGGCCCUCCAUACCCCAAGUGGAGUGGGCACACCACAGCACCGACCUGCAGGCCGGAGACAGGUUGCUGGAAGUGAACGGCCACCUGUUGAUCGGCUGCGACCCGACGGAGGUGAGUCGCCUACUGUCCUCUUCUCGUCCAGUGUGCAGGGUCGUCUUCCUGAGACCUGUCGCCUCCCCGCGUCACGUGACAAAGGGAGGCCGGGAGACCUCGAAUCUGAGGCGGGAGCUCACCUCCGUCGUGGGGAGGCUCAACCACACCAUGCUGGAGAACUCGAGGCUCAAGGACCAAAGCAACAGACUACAGAGCGAAUCCGAAGACCUCAAAAUACAAAACCAGAAGCUCAAACUGCAGAUUCUCUCCCUGCAGAGUGUCCUGCUCUACCUCUACCGAAUCCUCGAAAAGAACAAGUACCAGGUGGACUGCGACACUUUCGACUCGGAACUCUUCUCGCAGUGCUCCAGCAUCUUCGAACUGCUCAGCAAGGACAAAUCGAACGACCUCAGCGACAAGUCGACGACGUGCAAGAACGCCGCCGAACUGAUUGCCAACAUAGAAGUGCCCACCAAAACUUUCAAAGGUUCCAAAUCUCUGCAGGUUGUGUUGGAGGAAUCGUCUGACAACAGGUAGCAGAAAGAAUAUUUCUGAAAACGGUGGUACAGUACAACCUUCGUUUAUCCGGAAUAACUGGGACCAAAGGCAAUCCGGAUCAACAAAAAUACCAAUAAUCCGGGUACUAAGCAAAACAC